CAUUUUGUCUAUGGUCGAUCAAAAAUCUGGGGUAUCGAACAAAACCCAGUUCAUAAAAAUCAUUUUUAAUUAUUGGUUACCGAGUGUUUAUUCACCUAAAUCCCAGUCUGGCUAAACUUUAAACAUGGGUCAGAUCAUGGGAUCAUUGAACGCUCGCGAUGUGGGGCUCGUCAUGGACGAUAAGCCUACCUUCGACCCGCAAAGUGGUUUUACGAAUGAGCGAAAACAACGAGAAAUGGUAGCAAAAGAGGAGGAUUUAGUGUCCGCCCGAAUCCCCCCGAAAUUCCGUGAUUACUGUGCCCACCAUUUACUGGAAUACCAAGUAUGCAGAUACGAUAAGAUGCCGAUGCUUUACAAAUGUGCCCAUGAAAAACAUAAUUAUCUGAACUGUGAACAACAAGACUAUGUUCUGCGCAUGAAAGAAUUUGAGCGUGAGCGUCGCCUGCGAAAACGUGAGCAGAGACUGGUUGGAGCCGCAGCAUAAAUCAGUGGAGGAAACAGUAGUUUUAUUUGUUAAAUAUACAAUUCAUACUUGUGAAUGUAAAUAGAUCAUCAAAUAAAUUCUUGUUUAUUA